CGCUGCGGCCGAGGGUGUUUGAUUCCCGAGCGCAGCCAGCCGGGCCCGGGCCGGGAGAUGUCGGUGGGGCAGGGGACGUCGGAGCCGGCGGACGGUAACGAGUCGGAUGUCUUUGAAAUUGUCCUCCCCAUCACCGUGCUUGUGCUGAGCGAUGAUGAUUUUCUCCACGGCGAUGCCGAGGAGCACGCGGUGUCGUUUCCAGAGUUGAAGAAGGAGGAUGAGCAAGAGGUUAACUUGAACAGUGGCGUUUUCCUGAAAAGUAAUGUGACGCCUUCAAAUGACAGUAACAGUUUAAGCGUUUGGGAAGAAAAAACAGCUUCAAAUAAGGAUAGUCAUACGGAAUAUUCUGAAGAAAAAUGGGUUGCUGAGAGUGUGUGUAACGGAUCAAAGUCACCUUUAAGUGAUUGGUGUGAUGCAGGCAAGGAUAAAUAUAGUCAAAAUUAUGUGUUGCCUACAUCGUCUUGCAGAACAGAGCUUACAGAGAUAACUGAAACCAGUGUCGGAAAAGAAGGUGGUGGUGAUGACGGCUUUCAGAAGAUUCCUCCUCUCCUUUCUUCUGCUGGCAACGAGGGUAGAGAUGAGACCAUCAAGACAAGCAGACGGUUGACCGUGGCAGCGAUAUCCAGACAUGAAGAGGAACUUGUUAGUGUUGCAAGUGUUCUUUCUGAUGGUUGUCAAGAGGAACAACCAGAGAUCCACAAGGAGAUGGAGACAAUUGUUGAAAUGGAAGAUCCUGAUUCUUCAGAGAAUGGAGACAAUGAAGCUAAUAACAGAAAGAGAAGCAAAUUUGAAGAUGUAAUUCUGACUUCUCUUUUGGAACAUGGCUUGAAAGAAGAACGAAAACUUACUUAUACGUGUUCUGCUCCAUUUCUUAAUAGAUGUUCUUUGACUUCAGAAGAACUGCUAAAAGAUGUAGGGAAACCAGAGAUGAAUGCUUCUACUUCUGCUGAAUCAAAUACUACUGGAGAGCAUAUUUAUAAGACAUUAACACCAUUUCCUAAAAAAAGGUAUCGGCAACAAAAUGUUGUUUCUCCUCAUGAAGACCCAAAGGAAUUCCAAAGCCAGCAGACAGGUUUAGCGUGGCUAAGUAAUAGUGUGACCAUCAAACCUUUUUCUAAAGCAUCUUGUUCUAUAAAUAAGCAUGAAAGAUUGAAGUGCAGGUUUUGUAGUUCUGUAUAUAAAUGCAGUGCACAUCUAAAGAAGCAUGUUUAUUCAGCUCAUAAAGAUAAGAAAAUACAUAAAUGCUGUUUUUGUAAAAGAACCUUUUUCUUUUCUGCCAACCUUAAGAAUCACCUUAAAUUUCAUAAGAAAAUGACUAGAUUGCAAAAGGCAAGAAGAAAUAGAAUAAAUGCAAGAAAAGUUAGGCAGAGAUCUAAAGAAAGAAAAUCUGACGCCAAGAAAAAAGAAAGUAAAUACGAGAAAUUUUUCAUCAAAAUUGAAAGGGACUUUACACCUCUGGGUGUUCCAGUUACUUUUUCCUGCAAACUUUGUUUGUUUGCUUCAUCAAAUCCUAGAGUUUUUAUUCAUCACAUGAAGGGACAUAAAGAGAGACCACCUUACCAGUGUCCUCAAUGUGAUUACUCCUGCAUUAGCUUAUCCUACCUGUUAAAUCACAUGUACUGGCAUGCUGGGUAUAAGCUGUACCAGUGCAGGUUUUGCACCUUUUUGUCGUUAUAUUUUGCAAGCAUGGUAAGGCAUAGCUACAUACACACAGGGGCUAAACCAUAUUCCUGUGAGUUUUGCCAGUCAGCAUUCACAAGCACCACUGGGUUAAAGAGACACAGAAGAUUACAUGCAGGCAAAGAAACAUGCCAAGGGCAGCAACUUGAUGCCAUAAGUGAAAGAAAGAGAACUCAGAGACCUUUAAAGAGUUAUACAUGUGAUGAGUGUAACGUAGUGUUUUACACUAGAGGACAUCUAAGCUUUCAUAAGAAAUUCCAUGAACAGCUUAAGGCUACUGCUAAUGGUUAUACGAGUCAGAGCAAUGAACAUCUUAAAAGCAAAAUAUGCAAAGUUGCCAGUGAUUCCCAGGAUCAUGUUUCUCUGUCUCUUUCUGGUAAAGAAAAUGAUUGUCUUAGUGGGGGGAUGCUGGCUUCAGAAGUAGACUUUGAGCAGGCAGGUGAUGUGCAGGGCAAUGAGAAAAUGUGCUCUGGGAAGAAAUUCCCUGAAAACAGCCAUGGAAGUGACAGUUUACGUAUUACUGGGAAUAGAUCAGAAGUUCCUCUGAAUUCAUACAAAAUGGACACUGUCAUUUGCAAAGAGGAACCUCUCUUCAACUCCAAGGCCUCUGAUUCACAAGAUCAAGAUGAUGAUGCAUAUAAUGAAUUUGUGGAAAACUUAAAGGAUACGUGGCCUUCCAGUUUGUCUGCAUUCAAAACGUACAAGUGCCAACACUGCAGUUAUGCUACUGCUGUUCAUAGCGACUUUAAGCUGCACCUAAAAAUGCAUAGAGAUGAAAGGCUAUAUGUAUGUAAAGAAUGUAAUAAGACAUUUAAAACAUCAAACCAUUUGCAGAAACACAGCCUUAUUCAUAUAAAGAAUGGAUACGAGUUUGGCCAUUGCCUCUAUGCAGAUAGCCAUUUAGAGAAUCUUGAAUUGCAUCAUGAAAUCCAUGUAGGCCUGUGUCCAGAAGGAGAUUUUGGUUCCUCAGAAGGUUCAACCAGUGUCCAUUCCUUGCUUGGUUCAGAAGUCUGUGGAGUACAGCCAGAUGUCCAGUGGGGCAAAGAAAAUGAUUUGCUAGCACAAAGUCAGCCACGGUUCUAUCAGUGUGCAGAGUGUGAGUACACUACUUACGUUUUAAGCAACCUUGAACUACAUGUAAGAACUCACACAGGUGAGAAACCUUACAGCUGCAGUGUUUGUCAGAAGAAGUUUCGUACUUCCAGUCACCUGAAAAGACACAGGGUCACCCAUUUUAAUAUGGAGCAUCUCAAGUGCAGGAACUGCGACUAUUCAACAAACAAAUGGCUGUCCUUGAAACAGCAUCUGGCUUCACACUGUUGUGAGGAAAGCUCAUCUACUGGCUGUCUCUACGAUCAAAAGCAGCUACCUGUCAAAACGUACACGUGUGACGAGUGUGGCUAUUCCACAGCCCACAAUGGUAACUUGAAGCCACACUUGAGAAUUCAUACAGGGGAGAAGCCAUUCAAGUGCAAUCAGUGCGCUGUUGCUUUCCGCACAUCUAGCCACCUGAAACGCCACUUACUGACUCAUUUAAAGUUGCACUGCAGAAGGUGUAAAUUUUCUACGGUAGAUAAACGUGCUUUCCAAAAGCAUGUAAAAACACACAAAAAAAAGUACAAGUGUGUAAACUGUAAUGUGAUGCUGCCUACCAAAAAACUUUUGGAAAAGCAUAAGCGGCAUCAUGGGCUUGGAAUAUAAUAUCUUGCAGAGGCUUUCUGGUAACGUAGGAGCCAGGUUGGAAACGGUUUCCCAGAGAGGUGGUGGAGUCUCCCUCCUUGGAGAUGUUCAGAAGCCGUCUGGACGUGGUCCUGGGCAGCCGGCUCUGGGUGGUUCUGCUUGAGCAGGGCUUUGGACCAGGUGACCUCCAGAUGUCCCACAGCCAUUCUGUGAUUUGGAACGCAAUUUUCCAAGAGUGGAUUGAACUCAAGAGUGGAUGCAUGUAUUUAAGGCCAGAUCAGCAAAGGUAUUUAAGUGAUCUAGUUCUUUCUAGCUGUAGUAAAAUCAGACAAGUAAGUGUCUGUGACUGAACCCUGGUAGUUACAGAUGUCUUUCCUACAAGCUGGGAAGUCGCUACUUGGGAAUGAGUGAUUCAGAUCUUGGAAUGAUUGAGCUAACUGCCUGAUAGAGUUGUGAGAAAGAACAACAUUAUCCUGAUAUGAAUAAAGAAAAGCACUUCUGGGAAAUAACAACAGUGUUACACAAGCAUGGAGGAAUUUUUAUCUGCAUUACUGUACAAUUCUGGUCAUUUGAAGAAAAAUUCAAAAGAACAGGUACAAAGAGGAAACAAAAAUGGUGAAGAGGAUUGUAAGCCUAUAUAUCAGAGACUAGGAAAGCUAAAUCUGAUGGAGAAUGAUUGUUUACAAGUAUGGUGUACAAUGAGGAAAAAGGGAGCUCCAUUUAAGGGGGAUAAAUUAAUUGAAGGACAUUUUUAAAAGAGUUUGUAAACAGCAUAAGUUUCUUUUAGUUGUAAGAAAGAACAACAGAAGACAUUUUU